UUUAAAAAAAAAUAAAUUUUUUUCAGAGAAAAUGCCUUCAUUAAAAAUUAUUUUCAUUGUAUUUUUAUUUUAUUUAAAAAUUCUAAAAAUUUCUGGAUUUAUGGUUUUAGUAAAAAUAGAUUGGACAGGAAAAGAAGAAUGUAGAAAAGGUCAAAAUAAUCGUUUUGAAUUGGAAUUAAAUAAAUGGGACAGAAAUACAAAUAAAGUUAUUAAACAAACAAAAUGGACAAACAAUUAUGAUUUGGUAUUAUUUCAUGAAGGAAAUGAGGAAAAAAUUGAAACUAAAAAUACAGAUUUUAUAUUAAAUAUUUUUAUGAAUCUUUUAGGCAAUGAAAAGGUAUUUAAAUAA